UCCCCCCCGAGUGAAUGCAAGUUAAGCUAAAGAGACUUUUGGACACUGAUCGGACGCACAAGAAUUCUCGAUCUGGCUUUUUUGGAAGUGUUAUUUCCCUUUUGAUUAAGUGGCCGCGUAGGGGAACGGGGAGAUCUGCCACAGCAAAAAAAAUAAAGAGAGUGUUUAUAGUAACAGAGGCAAACCCAUGGCUCAAAGGUACGAUGAGAUCCCACAUUACGGCGGAAUGGAUGGCGUGGGGCUACCGACCACGAUGUUUGGCGACCCUCACGCCCCCAGGUCCAUGCAACCUGUCCAUCACCUCAACCACGGGCCGCCGCUCCACAGCCACCAGUAUCCGCACACAGCCCACGCCAACGCUAUGCCGCCAGGCAUGGGCUCCUCGGUCAACGACGCGUUAAAGAGAGAUAAAGAUUCAAUAUACGGACAUCCGCUGUUCCCACUUUUAGCACUGAUUUUCGAGAAAUGUGAGUUAGCGACUUGCACCCCUCGGGAGCCCGGGGUAGCGGGGGGGGACGUGUGCUCCUCGGAAUCUUUCAAUGAAGACAUCGCAGUGUUCGCUAAGCAGAUCCGAGCAGAAAAACCUCUAUUUUCUUCCAAUCCCGAACUGGAUAAUUUGAUGAUUCAAGCCAUACAAGUAUUAAGGUUUCAUCUUUUGGAGUUAGAAAAGGUGCACGAGUUAUGCGACAAUUUCUGCCACCGGUACAUCAGCUGUUUGAAGGGGAAAAUGCCCAUCGAUUUGGUGAUAGACGAGAGGGAAAGUGGCUCCAAAUCAGACAGCGAAGAAAUCAUCCGAUCGUCUUCUGGUAACAUCACCGAACAGACUUGGAACAGGGACCACGACGACACAGCAUCAACGCGGUCAGGAGGGACCCCGGGGCCGUCCAGCGGGGGUCACACAUCACACAGCGGUGACAACAGCAGCGAGCAAGGUGACGGCCUGGACAACAGCGUAGCCUCCCCCAGCACGGGCGACGACGAUGACCCAGACAAGGAGAAAAAGCGUCAGAAAAAGCGUGGGAUCUUCCCCAAAGUAGCCACAAACAUCAUGCGGGCGUGGUUGUUUCAGCACCUCACGCAUCCCUACCCCUCAGAAGAACAGAAGAAGCAGCUGGCUCAAGACACGGGGCUCACCAUUCUCCAAGUGAACAACUGGUUUAUAAAUGCCAGGAGACGGAUAGUCCAGCCUAUGAUUGACCAAUCUAACCGAGCAGGCAAGUCACCAAUUGUAACUGUAUUCAAGUCCCGCAGGCGAAAAACAUCAUCAAGCCAUUCACCGGGAGGUCCGUUACCUGUGAGCCAAGGUGCCCCCUACAAUCCCGAUGGUCAGCCGAUGGGAGGUUUUGUGAUGGAUAGUCAACAGCAUAUGGGAAUCCGACCGCCUGGACUGCAGGGGAUGCCAGGAGACUACGUAUCGCAGGGUGGUCCGAUGGGUAUGAGCAUGGGACAGCCAAACUACACCCCUCCCCAGAUGCCGCCACACCCUGCCCAGCUAAGGCACGGACCUCCCAUGCAUUCCUACAUUCCUGGACACCCCCACCACCCAGCGAUGAUGAUGCAUGGAGGACCACCAUCCCACCCUGGAAUGCCGAUGUCAGCAUCUAGCCCCACAAUGCUUAACCCAGGAGACCCCACGAUGGGAGGACAAGUUAUGGACAUCCACGCUCAGUAGUUGAUUGAGCGGCUGCGGUGGGGAAGGGGGGGUGGGGGGGUUGCUGGGAGGGGAGAGGGGUGUUAGUGGGGAGAAAACCGAAAUGAGACAACAACCCAAUGAACAAAACGAAAACAACUGAUUAUCCACAGUGGGUGAUGUAUGUCUCGGACACUGAUCGGGGGAAACGGCGGCAAAAGCUCUCUAACCUUCAAAAUCAACCGUGGACCAAUUUCGGAAACUUGUGGCUGGGAUCUGAAAAUGAGAAAAGCUACGUUUUCAAGAACCCACCAGCUCUUUGGGAGUGUGUGUGUGUGUGUGUGUGCAGGUGGGCGGGUGUGUGGGUGGGUGGGGGACAGGAAACCACAUUAAAAUGCUAUUGAAGAAUCACGUAGAACAGACAUA